AUCCAAAUGCCAGUAAGCACUAAAUCUAGGGCUGUCACGGUUGAGGAAUUUUCACCGCGGUGAAAACAGGGGGCGCAAUAUCGCGGUAUGCGAUAUUAUUGCACAAUUUUUUAAAAUGCUGUUUAAGCGAGAUAAUGCACAUUUAAAUUCAAAACACACCCGUAACCGGAGCUUCGUUGGAAGCGCGAUGUAUGCGCAGGCGCCGUUUGGGCAUAACAAUAUGGCGGCUGCCGUUCAAUGUAGUUUUCAUCACCACCACCGGAUUAUGUUUCAUUUAUUUCAUUACAGCACGUCCCCUAAACGUUACAACAUAAUCGACACGAAUGAGAACAGCAUCAAGCAGUGGAAACGUGGGUUUAUUUACUAUGAAGUUUGUAUUUUUAAUUGUUUAAAUGAAAUCAGCGGUGACGAGCUAGUUGUUUUGGUAGCGGCUAAAUUAGCAUGUCGCGAUACUUUGUACAGGGGAUCACGUCUGCGCCGAGUAGAUGCGCAGAGGGUUGAAACAGCGCUUGUCCGGUCUGCUCACAAGAAGGUUUCUUUGGCCAGUUACUGUGAUUAAACACGAGUUGUUUAAUGUUCACAAUGUAUCGUUUUUUCAUGGGGAAAAUUAGAUGCGUCCCCGGGACGCAUGGAUAGUGAGUUUAGUGCGCCCUUUCAGAUUUGAAUGCGUCAGCGACGCAAGACACGUACCUAGCAACAUCACUAACUAAAUGAAUGAACGUUAAUGAAUGGGUAUCAUGGCAUUGCACGUUUCAUUCUAGAAUUCCACGGUCAGUUUCAUGAACGCGCAACCCGCACCAGGUCAUAUGCGGUGAUCGCGAUGGCCCAUUAUCUACCGCGGUGUGCUCUAAAUAUCGCGAUAUUUCAUUUUUGCGAUUAUUGCGACAGCCCUAACUAAAUCAGUUGUAAAUUAUACUGAUGGCACUGUUCCGAUAUCAGAUCCUCUUUACAACUAAACCACUAGUAAUAUUGCAGUUUCACGGCCCAAAAAUGAAGCGAAAAGGUCAAGAUAUCAGGACUUUUUUCAAGAAAAGGUCAGUCAACCAGAGGGAGACAGAAGAGGUGGAGACACAGAAAGACAGUCAGAGUGUGGAGGAGGAGACACAGAAAGUCAGCCAAAGUGUGGAGGUGGAGACACAGAAAGACAGUCAGAGUGUGGAGCUGGAGACACAGAAAGCCAGUCAGAGUGUGGAGGUGGAGACACAGAAAGACAGUCAGAGUGUGGAGCUGGAGACACAGAAAGCUAGUCAGAGUGUGGAGGUGGAGACACAGAAAGCCAGUCAGAGUGUGGAGCUGGAGACACAGAAAGCCAGUCAGAGUGUGGAGGGGGAGACACAGAAAGACAGUCAGAGUGUGGAGGUGGAGUCACAGAAAGACAGCCCAGAACCCCCAGAGGACACAACCAGUCCAACAGGUCCACAUGAUAUAUCUAAGCAUCGAGGUGACAGCCCAAGUCAACCAAUCAGGCAGGGAUUCCCCAGAACUCUCCAGGGUGGAGCUUGGAGAAGUUUCCACGUAGAGUGGUACCAAGAACGUCAAUGGCUUGAGUACUCGCAUUCUAAAGAUGCAGCAUAUUGCUAUCCUUGUAGGCAUUUUUCUCUACCUAAUGUCCCCAAGAGUGUUUUUACGUCAGUGGAUGGUUACUCUAAUUGGAAAAAAGCAACAUUUAGGGAUAGUGGAUUUUGUCGUCAUGCUAAAUCUGAGCACCAUGUCAAUGCAAUGCUUGCAUGGGAAGAAGAUAAAAGAAGGAAGGACAACAACACAUCAAUGAUAGUAUUGAUGGAAGCAGAAAAUAGGAAAAAGAUAACUGACAAUCAAAAAUACAUCAAAACACUAGGUGAAAUACUGUGUCUUACAGCAACCCAGAAUAUCGCCCAGCGUGGUCAUAGAGAGUCUUCUGACUCAGAAAACAGGGGCAAUUUCCUUGAGAUUUUAGAACUCGUAAGCAAACAUGACCAGUCAGUUAGGACAAGAUUAGAAGAUCAAGCCAAGAAUGCCAAAUACACCAGCAACCAUAUUCCAAAUGAAAUGAUAAGCAUUUUAGCAGGGAUGGUCAGGGAUGAGAUUAUUAAAGAGGUCAAAGAAAGUGAACAAUUUUCUGUCAUAGUGGAUGAAACCAAAGAUGUAAAAAAAAAAGAACAAAUGUCUUUUGUUCUUUUUUUCUUGAGUUUCAGGAAGCAGAAAGGCUGGAUGCUGCAGGUUUAACAGAAAAAAUCAUAGACUGUCUAGAGAGGCAUGGCUUGAAUUACAAGGAAAACUUAGUCGGGCAAGGCUAUGAUGGAGCAGCCGUUAUGAGCGGGAAACACUCCGGUGUACAGGCUAGAAUAAGGGAUGUAGCCAGUCAUGCUUUUUAUGUACACUGCAGUUCACACUGUUUAAAUCUAGUGAUAGUGGACAGUGUGAAAUCUGUAUCUGAGGCAGGAAAGUUUUUUUCUUUGUUGGAACGUCUGUAUGUAUUUAUGUCAGGCUCGUAUGCUCAUGAGAAAUGGCUGAAGGUGCAGCAAGAGAUGUUUAAAGGUGAAGGACCAAGGGAGCUUCAGCGUCUUAGUGAUACAAGAUGGGCGUGCAGGUAUGUAGCUUGUCGGAAUGUGAUGGAUAGGUUGCCUGCUAUUGUGUGUGUCCUUGAAGACAUUUCACAUGAGGACAACCCAGAUAGAGCUGUGGAGGCCAGAGGAAUUCUGCAUCAGAUAGAUCUCAAUUUUAUUGGAUGUCUUGUGGUGUUUAGAAAGAUUUUAGGUGAAUCAAAAUUUUUGUCAGACAUGCUCCAGUCAACAAAAAUAGACCUAACAAAAGCUGUUGAGUUGGCAGAAACACUCCAACAGACUCUCAGGGAAUAUCGCAGUGAGCCCUCUUUUGAGACUGUCUGGGGUGAAGUACUCGACAUAUGCCAAAGUAACAGCAUCCCUACAUCACAGCCCACCUGUAAACGAGCAAGACAGGUAGCAAGAAAACUACAGAGUAGUGUUGUUACAUCCACUCUAGGACAGCACACAAAACCAGAUAACAAAGAGUUAAAGUCUAUUACUCCAUAAUAGAUUGCAUGAUUGGAGAGAUGGAAAGGCGUUUUUCCAAAAUUAACUGCGAAAUCAUGAAAGGAAUACAGGCCUUCAAUCCAUCAAGUCCUAGCUUUCUCAGUGAGGAGGCUGUUCUUUUGUUGGCAAAUUCCUAUGGGACAAAUUCAGAUGAUGUUAAGCUUGAACUGCAUCAGGUUAAGAGACUGUUUGAUAGAACAGCAAAAAAGGAGAGACCGACUAGUCUCAUGGAACUAUUACUUUUUUUGGAUCCCAUUAAGACUAUUUUCUUUGAACUACAUCGUUUAUGUAAAAUAGCUGUAGUUUUACCCGUUAGCAGUGCUUCAUGUGAGCGGAGUUUCUCAACUCUAAAGCUGGUCAAGAACCACUUACGUUCUACCAUGGCUGAGAAUAGGUUGUCAAGCCUAGCUACACUUAGUAUAGAGUCAGCACGUGCUAAGGGUCUUGAUCUAGAUGAGUUUGUGAGACGAUUUGCUGUCGAACAUGGCAACCGCCGUAUUGUUCUUUUUUAGCUCCCUGACCUGCUGUUUAGAAUUUAAUAUAGGCUACAUUAAUUGUUUGUGAAAUUAAAUAAAACUGAAUUGUUUUGCUGCUGGAUAUGUAAAUAUGUUAACUGUUUUCAUUAGCGAUUAGUAUAAAUAAAUACAUAUAGACACCAGGCAUGUGUGUUUCCAACAAUAAAAAGACUUGACUUGACUUUGUGUGUGUGAUUUGCCACCCUUGAAUUUAAC